CCACCUUCCCGGCUGCUCCAGUCAGUUUCCCUCGCGGCAGCCGCGGGCAAAGGCAGCCGCGGCGAGCAGCAGCAUCUCGGCGGUCACCGCGGCUCUCCGGCUGGAGCGGGCGCCCGACUGAGCGGCCCCUCGCCCCUUCCCGGCCGCGUCUCGAGUCUCCGGCGGCGCCCUUCGCCCCGGCCGUGGCUUCUCUCCGAAGCGGGCGGGGCAGGAUCCCACCACCCAACAUCGGGAUCCCCGGGAGCAGCGUUUCUCUUAGAGCGAGGCGCUCGGCGACUCGUGCCCCGCCGCCCCUGACCGCCGGGGGGUGCCCCAGGGACGCGUCGCCGCCGAGGAGGAGCAGGCAGAGGGGACCAUGCGGCGCCUGACUCGCCGCCUGGCGCUGCCCAUCUUCGGGGUGCUCUGGAUCACCGUGCUGCUGUUCUUCUGGGUCACCAAGAGGAAGUUGGAGGUGCCGCUGGGACCCGAAGUGCAGACCCCCAAGCCUUCUGAUGCGGAUUGGGAUGACCUGUGGGAGCAGUUUGAUGAGCGGCGGUAUCUGAACGCCAAGAAGUGGCGCGUUGGCGACGACCCCUACAAGCUGUACGCUUUCAACCAGCGGGAGAGCGAGCGGAUCUCCAGCAAUCGGGCUGUCCCGGACACACGUCAUAAGAGAUGUUCGCUGCUGGUAUACUGCAUGGACCUCCCCCCCACCAGCAUCAUCAUCACCUUCCACAAUGAGGCACGCUCCACUCUGCUCCGAACCAUCCGCAGUGUGUUAAACCGCACCCCGACUCAUCUGAUCCAGGAAAUCAUAUUAGUGGAUGACUUCAGCAAUGACCCUGAGGACUGCAAGCAGCUCAUCAAACUGCCCAAGGUGAAGUGCUUGCGUAACAGUGAGCGGCAAGGUCUGGUCCGGUCCCGGAUGCGGGGUGCUGACAUUGCCCAAGGCGCCACUCUAACAUUCCUGGACAGCCACUGUGAGGUGAACAGGGAUUGGCUGCAGCCCCUGUUACACAGGGUCAAGGAGGAUUACACAAGGGUAGUAUGCCCUGUGAUUGACAUCAUUAACCUGGACACCUUCAAUUACAUUGAGUCUGCCUCAGAGCUCAGAGGGGGGUUUGACUGGAGCCUGCACUUCCGGUGGGAGCAGCUCUCCCCCGAGCAGAAGGCUCUGCGCCUGGACCCUACUGAGCCCAUCCAGACUCCCAUCAUAGCUGGAGGGCUCUUCGUGAUUGACAAAGCCUGGUUUGAUUACCUGGGUAAAUAUGACGUCGACAUGGACAUCUGGGGUGGAGAGAACUUUGAAAUCUCCUUCCGAGUGUGGAUGUGUGGAGGCAGCCUGGAGAUCAUCCCCUGCAGCCGGGUGGGGCACGUCUUCAGGAAAAAGCAUCCAUAUGUUUUCCCUGAUGGAAACGCCAACACAUACAUAAAGAACACCAAGCGGACAGCUGAAGUAUGGAUGGAUGAAUACAAACAGUACUACUAUGCAGCCCGGCCUUUCGCCCUGGAGAGACCCUUUGGGAACAUUGAGAACAGGCUGAACCUGAGGAAGAAUUUGCACUGCCAGACCUUCAAGUGGUACCUGGAGAAUGUCUACCCUGAACUCAGGGUCCCCCCAGACUCCUCCAUCCAGAAGGGCAAUAUCCGGCAGAGGCACAAGUGCCUAGAGUCUCAAAAGCAGAAAAACCACGAGACUCCACACCUCAGGCUAAGCCCCUGCACCAAGGUCCAAGGAGAAGAAGCAAAGUCGCAGGUGUGGGCUUUCACAUACACUCAGCAGAUCAUCCAGGAAGAGCUGUGCCUAUCUGUUGUCACCCUGUUCCCUGGUGCCCCGGUGGUUCUUGUUCUGUGCAAGAAUGGGGAUGAAAGGCAGCAAUGGACGAAGACAGGCGCUCGCAUUGAGCACAUAGCAUCCCACCUCUGCCUGGACACAGACAUGUUCGGUGACAGCGCCGAGGACGGCAAAGAGGUCGUGGUCAACCCUUGUGAGUCCUCACUCAUGAGCCAGCACUGGGACAUUGUGAGCUCGUGAGGACCCUGGGCGGAGCCAGCUGUGGAUCAGGGACGGUGCUUCCCUGGACCAAGGCAAACUGGAACCCAGGCUGUGAACAGCCCACGUCUGCACCAGAUGCCCUCGACUGGAGGUAGCGCAAAGGCCCCCAGGAGAGGAGCAACUGCCUCAGGGAAGGAGGAGGAAAAGGUGGCAAACCAGCAGGGCCCAACAACACCCACAUGUGUGCAAUAUUGGACAGGUCCAUCCUGGCCAGGUUUUCCGAAUGGGACCUGGAGAUGGAGAGCCGAUGGGAAGCGUUUGUUGUGCCCUCUCUUACGAAACAAGGCGCUUUAUGGAGGCCGGAGAGAAAGGCUCUCCUUGUUGCUGCGCCAGGACUGCAUGGAGAGAUGAAGACUGGAGAUGGUUUUCAGAACAAAUAAAGAUAACAUUGGAAGUUUUCCUUUGAUAACUCCUGCUGCUUCUUCAGCUAGCUAGCACCUAAGCCGAGCUCCCCACUGAAUCAGGGCCGGGGCAUCUUUGUGUCAGAAUGGAUGAAGAAGACAGGAAGGUGGGAACCUUGUGCCCUUAUCCUAGGUUACUGCCAACCAGCUAUCUGAUCGUAAAAAGACACUUUCGGAGGCCGGCAAGAUGGCUCAGUGAGGAAAGGGGCCAUCAAGCCUGAUGACCUGAGUUUGGUCUCUCAGGCCCACGUGGUGGAAGGAGAGAACUGACUCUUACAAAUUAUCUUUUGACCUACACACACACACACACACACACACACACAGAGAGAGAGAGAGAGAGAGAGAGAGAGAGAGAGAGAGAGAGAGAGAGAGAGAGAGAGAGAGAGAGAGAGGCAUGCAGGUCCACACUCAUAGUACUACACACAAAACAAGUAAAUGCUAUCAUUUUUAAGACACUUCAGAGCUGGGAGAUGGGCAUAUUUUGUAAAGUGCUUGCCUUGAAAACAUGAGUUUCAACCUCAAAACCUACGUUAAAAAAAAAAGAUGAGUAUGGCACACACUUGUAAUUCCGGAACUAGAGGGGCAGAAUUGGGUAAAUUUCUGGGGCUUCUUAGCCAGCCAGCCAGCUAGCCAGUUUAAUCUACUUGGCAAGUUCCAGGCGAGUGAGAGACCCUGUCUCAAAAAAAAAAAAAAGAAAGAAAAAAGAAAAACGUGAUGGAUAGUACCUGAGGGAAAACAUCUAAGAUUGACUUUUAAUCUCCACUUACAUGUGUACACACAUGCUCAUGCUAGCCUGCAUUCACAAACAUGUAACACACACACACACACACACACACACACACACACACACACACACACACACACACACGGCACUUCACUUUUUUGGCCUACCACUUUCUAUUACAUUACCAUGAUGGGACCACAUGAGUGGUAGUGACUCCAGAAGGCUCUAGAUUCCUAUGGAGAUCCUAAUUUGGCAGAUCUCAUAUGGAGUUCAAUCCCCUUGGCUAAUUCUGAGGCCUCUGCUUACUUAAAGCACUGCCAUAGAAUGUCUGUCCAGGAAGAGCCUCAUAGCCUAUAGCCCUUAGUAUAGGAACUUCCUACUGUAAUAAAACCAUGUUUUAGUGUCUUCUGGGAUUGGUUAGAGUAGCUGUCAUAGAUAGGGUUCCUAUGACCAUGGCAACUCUUAUAAAGGGAAAACAUUUCAUUGGGCUGGCUUACAGUUUCAGAGGUUUAGUCUAUGAUCAUCAUGGUGGGACAUGGCAGUGUGCAGGGAGACAUGGUGCCAGAGAAGGAGCUGAGAGUGGAGAAGGAGCUACAUCGUGAUCCUGCAGGCAACAGAAAGUGGCCUGCCGGGCGGUGGUGGUGCAUGCCUUUAAUGCCAGCACUCGGGAGGCAGAGCCAGGCGGAUCUCUGUGAGUUCGAGGCCAGCCUGGGCUACCAAGUGAGUUCCAGGAAAAGGCGCAAAGCUACACAGAGAAACCCUGUCUUGAAAAACCAAAAAAAAAAGAAAGAAAGAAAGUGGUCUGGCACACUGCACAUGGCUUGAGCAUAUAUGAGUCCUCAAAGCCCACUCCCACAGUGACACACUUCCUCCAACAAGGCCACACCUACUCCAACAAAGCUGCAUCUCCGAGUAGCACCACUCCCUAUGAGCUUUGGGGGGCCAACUACAUUCAAACUACCACACUAUCCAUUCUUAUUAACUAGGUCUUAAGAAACAAGCCAUGUUAAGUUGAAGUUUCUAAGAGACACCCACCCACAUGCUGCUAGUAACUGUCUGUUAGCUGUUGCUGUGUAACAAAUGACCCCCAAACUUGACAGCUUAUGGUAACACACAUUUACUGUCUCACAGUUUGUAUGGGCCCAGCCUUUUCCAUCUGGAGUCUUAUUAGGCUAUGGUGGAGGUGUUAGCUGGAGCUGCCAUCAGUUCCAUGGGCUCACAUAACUCUCGGUGGUGGGUUUUAGCCCUGCCUCUCCCUCCAAUAUAGCAGCUCACUCUGCAGCAAACUGGGAGUGGAGUGGGAAGGUGGGAUACCAGCAAGAUGGGAAUUCUAUACCUUUGCAACCAAAUAACUCAAGCUUACCCCCAUCAUUUGUUCUACACUGCAUUUGACAGAAGCAGUCACCAGGUACAGUCCCUACUCAAGGGGAGGCCAAUCAGGAGAGUGAAGGACAAGAGGUCAUCAGAUCCACUCAAAUCCACCUACCCCAGUGAUUGUUGGAGCCUAAGAAGGUAUUAUCCAUUCUCCUUCGCCAAGGAAAUCCUUUGAUGAUGGGAUGUUAUCAAGCUCCUUAUAUACUCUGCUACUGCAGAUUGCUGUAGCCUCGGAAACUUGAGAGUUGGCAUGCCCAGACUAGAUGUCUCUUCUGGAGGUUGAAUUUGUGUAUGCCAUCGUAUCACCUGCUCUAGUUAGGACUAGGCCCUAUUCUGGGCCGAAGAAGAGGGAGUAGAGAAUUGAAGCUGUUCCAUUUAUAGAAGAUAUGCUGAGGCUCCUUAAGCUGUGUGCCCAUAUGGCUUAAAGCAGCUUUGCAGAGAGGAAAGACAGAAGGAAUGGUUACCCGUAACCAGACCAGACCCCUAAGUAGGUGAGGCAGUCACUGUACUAGGCUAACUAAACUAGAGUCUGGGGUUGUCCUUUGCCUACUUGUCACCCCUGUAUUUGUGACUGUCUUUGAGUUCUCUGGUGGCAACAAAAGUGUCUCUUGCUCUUCUUUAACCACAGUGCUGGGAUAGGCAUACCAAGUACUCAGUAGGCAUUUUCAUAGGGAGAGAGUUGAGGAAUCAUUCCUUGUUCAUGAUAGAGUGAGUUUAAGUAUGGAUGACUACUGCCAUACAAUUACAGAGUAUAGGCGGGCUUGCAUUUCUCUGCUAGCUAGAGGACUUGGGGAGAGAAGCCCUAGUGGCAAUUACUUAUGCUCUAGGGCCGCUUGCUCAUCUUCUUUUCUCAUGGCAGAAAAACGAGCACUUAGCUUUCUCCUGGCAUCCCUCUUACCAGCAAAGCAACUUGGAAAUGGCAGUGAAGAGUCAGGAUGAAGGAUAUGGAAAGUAACCUGCUAAUGGAAUACAGGCAGCUCUGCUGUGAACUGCAUGCAGGGUAUCUUCCUUAAGGUCCCAUUAGUGGGAAAUGGAGGCUAACCAUUGAUGAUGCAGAUAGGAAUCACUCCAACUGUGUGGGGUAGCUGAAGUGCUCUCCAUUAUUCUCGGGCUGCUGCAGACAGAGAGCUGCGAUUUAAAAGUAAGCAGGGCAGCCAUGGUGAGUGUCCAUAAAUCCAAAACAAGGCUGACGUCUCAGAGAUGGCCAUGGCCUACACAUAACACAGCAGAGUGAAUAUGGCCAGGCAGUUGUGUGGAUGUUAUCACUGGGUUUGAAUGGCAAACUCCAGUAGCCUGAAGUAGCUUACUUAGUAGGCAAUCGGGAGCUAUGACUGAAAAUGUGUCAAAUGAUGUCAUCCUAUGAGAACAGGGAAGAGCUCUUGAGGAUCUUGAGGUCUCACAAGAUUCAGACUCCAAACAGUGCUUGGAAAAUACCUUCCCUGGAGCAGCCUGACCACACUAUCAGGUGAGGAGGCAGCAGAAGUCCCAUCCCUCAUGGUCACAUCUGGUGAAUGGAAGAAUAUGGGCUACUUUCAGAAUUUAUUAAUAGGCUAUGCAUAUUAAACAAAAAUAUAUAAAGAUAGGUUAUAUGUGACUGGGUAUUUAUGCCACUGGCCCUCCAUAGCUACAAGCUCUGCAUCCAUGAAUCCAACCAAACACAGACUAAAGCCACAUGGGAAGAAAUGCAUCUGUAAUGAGUUGUGUGUGUUGUUUUUUCAUUAUUCCCUAAACCACAUAGUAUAAAAACCACUUUCAUAUCCUUUACAUUAUAAUAGAUCACUUAACUAACAAAAAAAUGAUUUAAAGUAUACAAGAGAAUGUGCAUCAGUUAGAUGCAAAGAUGGAGUAGGGAAAUAGUGAAUCAUAAGCAUGUUUGUUGUGAAAGCAUGAAGACCUGAGUUCAAAUCCCCAGAACCACAUUAAAAAAAAAACAAAAAAAAAAACAAGUGGCCAUGUGCAACUGUAACCCUAGCACUGUGGGUCUGUGGUGAAGACAGGAGUCUUUCUGGAGACUUCUGGCUACUAGCACAGUUCAGGUUCAGUGUGAGGCCCUUUUUCAAGGCAAUAAGGCAGAGUGAUAGAGCAUUACACCCAGUGCCCUCCUCUGGCCUCUGCACAUGAAUGGGUGUAAAAAACCUUCACAUACAUGUGCACCUGUAUUAUACACAUGCACACGCGCAUACACACACACACACACACACACACACACACACACACAAAUGAAAUAAAUAUAAGCACAGUACUAUUUUAUAUGGUUAACUUUAGCAUCCACACAGUAGGUGUCCACAGGGAAGAGGUAUUGCUGGAACCCACGUCCUAUUAAGGGACCACUAUGCAGUCUCAUGAAGUUAGAAAAAGGAGAAGCAGGGGUUUUGGACACUCUGGGGUCUCAUUUAGAGUUGGGGGCAGAAUAGUAUUGAAUGAAUAGGAAAAUGGGAGGUUUUAGGGCUGGGUUCUGCAUGGAUGGUGGAGCCUGGUGCUGCAUUGAAUCUGAGACUUCCUUUCCUGGCAGUUUGUUUCUCUUUGUGCUUUAUAACUUCCCCCUGUGAGCUCAUCUUCAGUGAGAGUUUUUUCCUCUGGGCAUCUUAGAUACUCUGGUUAUAGAGGCAUGCCUCGGGGGAGGUUUAAGCUUGCCUCUGCUAGGAUCCCAUUGGGUUGCUUUGAUUUCAAGCCAAUUUAUGAAUUGAUUUUUCUGUGAAUGGUUUUCACACUGUGAGAAGGGAAUCUGGAGCCCAGCUCUCUUGCUUGGCGCAAUCUUAGAUUCUGAUCAUUUAUAGAUUGCUUUUCUAGACGUUGCUUUGGUCAUGUCUCCUGGGUGUUGCUGUUCACCCAGCCACAUGGAUAGCCCAUGUUUAGCCCCUGCUACCCAUGAGGCUGUAGGUCUCCUGUCUGUCUCUGCCUGCACAUAAAGCCCAGCAUUAGUGACACAAAUGUGUUGGAUCCCUCUCCCCACCCAUGCAUUUUUGGAACUUGGAUGCACAGCUGUGGUUUCAAAUGGUCUUAUCCAAUAUUUAUGUAUGUAUGUGGUCGGGGGCUUCCUGUGUUGGCUCAGACCAGAAUUCCUUAGUGCUGUAAUUAGCUGUCACCACUGUCUUCCCCACUGGCUGGGGGAACCUUAUCUUAUUGCAGACACUCAAUAAAUUUCCAUGAAUGAG